AUGGGCCAGUCGUCUUCCACACAACGUACCCUAUCUGACACUGGCUAUUCCGCACACCUUACUCCUUUCUCGACGCGACGUGGUUCUGGGACAAGGAAUGAAAACAUGAAUCAUCGACAGACGGCUGAACACAACGGAGAUGGUGGCUUCUCGUCAGGCACCGACAUGAGCAUACACAACAGUGACGAUCAAGACAUGUCAUCUGCACGCCCGGACGACCUUCCAGAACCAUGGCAGCAGCCCACACGAUCUUCCGGUGGAUUUUCACACCCCAUGCGGAGCAUCGAAGAGGAAAAUGGGCCCGAGUACGAGAUGCCAUCGCGGGAAUAUCGCACCGCUGCAUUUGCUCGAAUGGCAGCACGGAGGCAAUCAACCAUGUCACGGCUGGGCUCUAGGCUCCUUCCCAAUUCAGUCAUUCGUGGACUUCUCAGCAGCCAAGAAGAGACUCCGGCCGAGGGACAUGCACAUCGGUAUGGGUUUGGUCCUACGCCCGUCCCAAGAGCUGAGACUGCCCAUACCACUGGCCGUUUCAGUCCGUUCAAUUCGCUCAGCUCCAGAGGGAUCACUCGGCGGCGGUCAGUCCGUCCGCCAUAUGUCGUUGCACCCCGUGCAGAGUCUGCCGGGAUUCCAGAUACACCAGCAAUUCCGACAUAUAUUGACUCUUCUCAAUUGCCUGAGCCUACAAGAGCAUCCUGGCGGCGCAGUGUGCGGUUACAACGCAUGCGCCAUUCGAUCUCAUCGCCCAUAUCUCACAUGUUCGGUCAGCCACACUCAGACUUGGGGCCUUUCGAAAGCGCAGAACAUCCUUUGUCAGAUCCGGUGUUUGGUGAUACAGCUAUGGACACUCGCUCAGAUUACGGUGAACCGCCUCAUGAACUUGAUUCGGUGGAACCAGCGAUCCAGGCCGAGGGCCCGGUCACUGGUCCGGCUCCUGGCCCUCCAAGUCCUGCAUUGAUGCGACGACUGCCUGGUAUUAUUCGAGCGAGGUCUUCCAGAGUUUUGCGACGAGAGGAACAAACUCCUCUUUCAAGGGUCCUUCAGCUCGCUGCGGCCGCAAUUGCAGCUCAGCUAUCUGGUACUGCCGGUCCUGCGUUACCUAACAUUCAGGCUUUAGGAAAUGAUGGACUAGAUGGCUCCUUGGAAAAUUUCAUUCAGAGUUUGCAACACGCGACUUCUGCUCAGGCUCAGCCAACAGCAACAGGGGAGGGACCAAGCAACACCGCAAACGAUGCACCCUCGCAUCCUGUCAACUUCUUGCGCGUCUUUAGAUUUGCCAACACAGAUUCUCCGGUAGGCUCUGGCUCUUCAGAGCAGACCGACAAUGGCGUUGGAAAUAGUGGGGCCCAGACCGAUGGACUGGACAUUGACGAACCUGCAGAAGGCGAAGGGCGAACAGUGACACUGGUUGUCGUCGGGGUCCGAUCGGUGCCGUCUGGGACUGCUGGGAUUGGAGGGACUGGUGAACAGCAGCAGCCUGCAAGUGCGGGCCCCGGCCUGGAUGCUCUACUCGGCCUACCAUUCUUGCCGCCUAACAGUGUCCCACGUCCGCCAGGUGGCAUUGGUGAAUCUACGCAACGGGAAGAUAGACAUUCCAGAUUGACCUUUUCUCGACGGCCUGGCGUAGGUCCAGAGUUCCCACGUCCGUCAAUCCCCAAUCCUUCCAGAAGAUUGUCAGAUACUGGGCCUCAUUCUGCAUUCCCCCACCCCUCUGGUUUCUCCGAAAGCCCUCCAGGACCUCACCCGCCCCCUUCUACCCCAGCUGAACAGGGCAUCACCGCCUUGUCUUCUGGCACUUCUACUCCCAGCCGGAGACCGUCCUCCGCUUCAGCCAUAGCUCCGGACGUUCUGCCCCAUCUCCGUCAAGGUCCGGCGAUGCAGCCCAUGGCGGAGUCCGCGGAAGAGCAGUUGCCAUUCAAUACUGCCCGUCAACGACGCCGAAGCGAUUCUGAGUAUGCUCGCCAUCGAGCACUCGGCUCCGGUGCUGUUCGACGUAAUGGCAUGGUUGAGCCCGAUCAACCCCCGCCGAGUGGAGGUCGCAGCUGGCUGAUUUAUGUCGUCGGAACUAACCUUUCUGAAAAUCACCCUGCGUUGACGACCCCGAGUCUUUUCACCGACAACCCAACCUACGAGGAUAUGAUCCUGCUUUCAUCACUGUUGGGCCCAGCUAAACCUCCCGUUGCCUCACAGACCGACGUCAAUUCUGCCGGAGGAUUAUUCCGUCUUGUUGAGUACGCUGGCUCAUUGGUCGCAGAAGCUGUGCAAGGCGCAGGCUCCAUUCAAAUACAGGAUGGGGAGAGGUGUUUGAUCUGUUUGAGCGAUUAUGAAGUGGCCGAUGAAGUGCGACAACUAGGGAAAUGCAAACAUGUCUUCCACCAAGAAUGUAUCGACCAGUGGCUGACCACUGGGCGAAACUCCUGUCCCCUGUGCCGAGGGCAAGGUGUAAAGGAGACUGCCAGCAACGAUAUCGGAGUCCGUCCUGCGCCCAAUUCUGCUCCGCCCGCUACGGACGACACAGCUGUCUAA